ACUAACUAUAAUGACAAAGCGAUCAAUAUUGGUCUUCAGGAACAGGAACCAGAUAUUCGUCAAAUUCUUUUCAAAUCACUUAUUAGAAAUCUUAAUCAAGAUGAAGUCUUAGAAGUAUGGAAUAUCAGAGCUACUAGAAGAACAGGCAUUGGAAACUAUAUAGUAUUAUUAAAUGACAUCAGAUCAGAAGGCGUUCAACCUAAUAUUAUAUUCGAGAACUUGUUUUCUAUUCAACCAAGCUCUUAUGAUUUGCACUUAACAACAAAGCCUAAAAAAGCUAUAUAUGCUGAACUAUUUGGAUUAUCAAAAAAGACUAUCGAUUUAACUAUCAAAUCUGAUAUAUCAUGGAAGCUAGUAAAUAUUCUUAAAUUAUUUCUAAAUAAUAUACAAGACAAAAAUCAACAAACAAAUAAUGCUGACAAUCAGAUUGUUAUAAAUAAUCCAAAUAUUGUUAAGCAUAAGGGCCAGCCACCAAAAAAAUUGAAGUUUAAUAUUGAGUAUGGAUCUUUUAAAAGUGGACGGAUACUACAAAACAAUAUUAAUACAACAAAUACAAUAAAAAAUAUAAGUGGCAGUGGUGAUAAUGAUAUGACGAGUGUUGUGAAGAGAC